AUGUUACUAAAAACAAAAUCACUAAGUACAAAUGUAAAGAUAUCAUUAUUUUUAUUAAUGAUAGUGGUUUCGUUACUUGCAAGAUAUUUAGUUUCAUUAAAUAGCUAUUCAGGUCAAGGUAAACCACCAAUGUUUGGUGAUUAUGAAGCCCAAAGACAUUGGAUGGAGAUCACAACCAAAUUAGAUGUACAUGAGUGGUACUUUAAUACCACUGAUAACAAUUUAUUAUAUUGGGGUUUAGACUAUCCACCUUUAACAGCCUAUCUUAGUUGGGUAUAUGGUAAAAUAGGAGAAAUCGUUGAACCUGCAUCAAUGGAAUUAUAUACUUCAAGAGGUUAUGAAACACCCACAAGCAAAUUAUUUAUGAGAGCAACUGUUAUAGUAUCAGACUUAAUUAUUUGGAUUCCUUCAGUUUGGUUUUUUGUAACAUCAUUUUAUAAAGAUAAAACCAUCACCCAAAAAAUUGGUGCAUUUUUAUUUAUAUCACUUCAACCAGGAUUACUUUUAAUAGAUCAUGGACACUUUCAGUAUAAUGGAGUUAGUUUAGGUUUAGCAUUAUUCGCAAUUACAUUCAUUAUUAGAGAUCAACAACUUUUAGCUAGCAUUUUCUUUGUACUCUCAUUAAACUAUAAGCAAAUGUCUUUAUAUUACGCACCAGCAUUCUUUUUCUAUUUAUUAUUUUCAAAUUUAGAAUUUAGUUUUUCAAAAUUAUUUUCUUCAUUUUUUAAAAUUUUAAAAAUUGGUUUAGUUGUUAUUGCAACUUUUAUAAUCUGCUGGAUACCAUUUUUAUCAAUCGAGCAAGCAUCACAGGUUUUAUUUAGAUUAUUCCCAUUCUCCAGAGGUUUGUUUGAAGAUAAAGUAGCAAACUUUUGGUGUUUUAUUUCAGUAUUUAUAAAUAUGAAAAAACUAUUUUCUACAGAAGUUUUAAUUAAAUUAUGUUUAAUUUUAACCUUAGCUACAAUGAUACCAUUAUUUAUUAAUUUAUUUAAGAAUAAAAAUAGUAAAUUUAUAUUUUUAUAUUCAUUAAUUAAUAGUUCAUUUUCAUUCUUUUUAUUUUCAUUCCAAGUACACGAAAAGACCAUAUUAUUACCAUUAUUACCCGUAUCAUUGUUAAUUUUACAUCAUCCAAAUACAGUGUGGUGGUUUAGUGUAAUUUCAACAUUCAGUAUGUUCCCAUUAUUAUUUAAAGAUGGUUUAAUAAUUCCAUACAUCUCCAUAAUGGUUUUCUUUAUUGUAUUUGGUUAUCAAUAUAAAAAUGAAAUUUUAAAAUCAUUUAAUAAUUUAAAUGAUCCAAAAACCACAUCAAAUAAGACAAUGGCAUCAUCAAAAUCAAUUACAUCGAUUAUCUCAAGCUUAUUAAAAAUCAACGUUGAACAAUACUCAAAAUACUGGUAUGCUUUAAACAUUGUUGGUAUGAUCGUUUGCCACCUUCUCUAUCAAUUUGUACCACAACCUUCUGGAUUACCAGCUCUUUGGCUCUUAUUAGUUUGUAAUUUUUCUUUUAUUCACUUCACUUUAACUUUAUUAGAUUUUAUCAUUAGAAUGUUUACAUUCAAUCCAACCAAAGUUAAAACAUUUUAA